CUGCCGCCGCCGCCUGCUCAGGAGUGGUGGCUACGCCUGCUGUUCCGCGGGUUGCGGCGGACGAAGAGCUAGGCAGCCGGGGGUCCAGCAUGGGUUGGGUGCCCCCGCGGGGCCGGCUGGCGGCGGGGCUGCUGGCCAACCUGGCCUCGUCAAUCUGCAUCGUCUUCUUGAACAAGUGGCUGUACGUGCGGACGGGCUUCCCCAACAUGAGCCUGACGCUGGUGCACUUCGCUGUCACCUGGCUGGGGCUGUACGUGUGCCAGGCGCUGAACAUCUUCGCCCCCAAGAGCCUGCGGCCCCGCCAGGUGCUGCCUCUGGCGCUCAGCUUCUGCGGCUUCGUCGUCUUCACCAACUUGUCCCUGCAGAACAACACCAUCGGCACCUACCAGCUGGCCAAGGCCAUGACCACGCCGGUCAUCGUCCUCAUUCAGAGCCUGGCCUACGGCUCUUGUUUCCCCCAAAACCAUCCCUUUAGGAGUUUCAAGUUACUGACAACAGUUAAUACAAUGCCUAUAACCUUAGGUGUUUUCCUAAAUUCCUAUUAUGAUGUGAAAUUUAACUUUCUUGGAAUCGUAUUUGCUUCACUUGGAGUUCUUGUUACUGCCCUUUAUCAAGUGUGGGUAGGAGCAAAGCAACAUGAGCUACAAGUAAACUCUAUGCAGUUGCUGUAUUAUCAAGCCCCGAUGUCCUGCGGCAUGUUGUUGUGUGUUGUACCCUUCUUUGAGCCGAUGUUUGGAGAAGGUGGAUUUUUUGGACCGUGGACACUUUCUGCUGUGUUUAUGGUGCUGCUGUCUGGAAUAAUAGCCUUUAUGGUGAACUUGUCUAUUUACUGGAUCAUUGGGAAUACUUCGCCAGUCACAUACAAUAUGUUUGGACACUUCAAAUUCUGCAUUACUCUCCUGGGAGGAUACCUCCUAUUUAAGGACCCUUUGUCCAUCAAUCAAGGCUUUGGGAUUGUGUGCACAUUAUGUGGUAUUUUAGCUUACACCCACUUCAAACUCAGUGAGCAAGAUGGGAGUAAGAGUAACUUGGUUCAACGUCCAUAGAUCAAGGAUGGAUGUGGAAACAGUUGUUUAAAAUAUGCACUGAUUUUAAAACAAGCAAAAUAGCUGGAUAAGACAAUAGCUGCCUCCUAUUAUUAAUGAGGGUAGUGUAGUGAUGUUCUUUGGAAAAAAUCAGGCAUUACAUAAAACUCAGCUUUUAUAAUCAUGAUCCAUUUUUUAUUAACAUGUGCAUAAUUUAUUUAAGUAACAGACUAUAGUUCACGUUGAAUUACAGUGGCAGUUCUAAGAAAACACUCUUGUUUAUACCAAAUGAACUUACUAGGAGAGAUGGGAGAUUAAAUGCCAAAAGAAUUCAUUUUUUCCUUCUGAUCAUGUCAGUGUUACAUUUGUUAGAAGGUUUGGAGAAGAGUUUAUAUGCUAAUGUUGUGAAGUCAAAUGAACAUUGUUUCUUCUUGAACUAACAAAUCAACUUUUGUGGCUUUUUUAAAUGGACUAUUGAAUGUAGUCUUGUUUCUAACAUGCAUGGAUACUUUUUAACUUUUCCAUGUUGAAGAUCCAGUAGAAGCAAUAAUUCUGGAUACUUGGGAGUCUGUGGUAAUUAAACCAAAUUCCAGUAUUCCAUAGUUAAGGCUUUGGAAGAGUCUGAUUCUUUGUAGACUGAUUAAGUUUCUGAAGUCAGGAAACAUUUUGAAGCAAAGGGCUUCAAAAAAGGCUGGGCAAACUCCUGUAAUCAGAACUAUAUUUAUACCUCAAUAUUGGCCUACAUGAGAGGGCAAAACCCAUUAUCUUGGCCCAAUGCAGAUGUAGUGUUUCUGGUUCCUUAAAGGAUU